AUGUCUGAUAGAGGCGGUCGCGGAGGCCGUGGAGGCCGUGGAGGUCGUGCGGGUGGCGGUGGUGGGGGAGCUCCUUUCCGUGGAGGUGGCGGCCCUCGUGGAGGGGGCUUCCAGGAAGGAGGGGACCGUGGUCGUGGUCGUGGUCGUGGAGGCUCUGGCGAGAGAGGUGGAGGAACUUAUAAUCUUCCAUACCGUGACUCAUCACGCGGGGGUGAUAGGGGUAGAGGUCGAGGAGGACAACCUGACUUCCGAGGUGGCCGUGGCCGUGGACGUGGCCGUGGGGACUCGAGGAUCUACAACCCUAGGCCAGCACCUCCGUACAACGCCGUGGUUUCUCAGAAGGAAAACGACAUUGAGAAAAAUGUCCUCAAAGCUAAACGUAGCGCCAAGGGACCUGCACCCGGUACCGCUAUUCUUCCUCUCCGUCCUGGCUACAAUACCCAAGGCAAUGAGAUACUCCUGUAUGCAAACUAUAUGGACCUUACUGUCAAAGGUAGUGCAAAGUGCUACAGGUAUAGCAUUGACAUUGGACCGGGUCCUGACAAAAAGGUCCCUUCAAUCAAACGGUGCAAACGUCUUGUGCAAUUGCUGCUUGAGGAGCAUUUUGCUGCUGAGAGAGGCCACAUCGCUACGGAUUCGCGUGCCAACAUGGUUUCUUCUAAAAAGCUCGACAAAAUACCUGACGGCGUGGAAAGCACGGACUUUCGUGUUCGUUGGAAAGCGGCAAACGAGACGGAAUACGAGACCGACGCAGAUGUCCACAUCGUCACGGUGAAAUUCACCGGGAUGAUUGCGAUGUCUGAUUUGAUUGACUACUUGACCUCCUCGGAUGCAAGCGCUUUCUUCGCAAGUAAAUCGGAAAUCCUCCAAGCCCUGAAUAUUGUGGUUGGCGAGUACCCGAAAUCUCGUUCUGACAUUGCGAGUAUUGGUGCCAACAAACACUUUCCUCUCAACCCCGAACCAAAUGAUCAUUUCUCACUUGGAGAAGGACUCAAAGUCAUCAGAGGCUACUUUGUCAGCGUCCGCGCUGUGACUGCAAGACUCCUCGUCAAUGUGCAAGUUAAAAAUGUCGCCGUGUACGAGCAUGGCAGCCUACCUAGCUUGAUUGGGAAGAAUCCUACGAGCAUGCCCAACCUCGAAAAAUUUCUAAAAACCCUACGAGUUGUUGUCACCCAUCUAAAGGAUAAAAAGAAGAAACCAGUCCGACGCGAAAAGAGUAUCUGGGGUUUUGCUCGUGAGGGUGAUGGUGCGAAGCUCAAGAAUCGCGCUCCUAGAGGUGUGACAAAACAGGGACAAACACGACAAAGGAUUCCAUUUGGAGCUGGUCCGAAUGAGAUUGAAUUCUGGCAGGAGAAUCCUGUGUCGCCGAUGACGAAUCCUGGUUUCAUCACCGUUGCCUAUUGGUUUAAAAUUAAGCAUGAUAUUGUGGUUGAUAACAAACUUCCUGUCAUGAAUGUUGGAUCCGGUGAUAUGCCGUCGUAUGUCCCAGCGGACGUAUGUGAAGUGAUACCGGGACAGCCUGCAAAGAUGAAAUUGUCUGCGAAUCAGACGGCUCAAAUGAUCAGCUUCGCUGUGAGAUCCCCAGGUGACAAUGCCGACUCAAUCAUCAAUCAGGGCGCCCCUCUUUUGGGAUUUUCUCCAACGACGAACAAUGUUCUGAAAUCCUUUGGCCUUGAACCAAUUCCAAACCUCAUCACAGUUCCCGGACGAACUCUGCAGGCCCCCCUUAUCACUUACAAAAAAGCUGACAGGAAGCAGGAGUCACGCCUUCAGCCAAAAGACGCAAGUUGGAAUUUGAAAGAAAUUGUGUUCUAUGAGGCCAGGCGUGUCUCUACACGAUGGUCCUGGGUAGUGCUAAGCCCAGACGUGACGCACAGGAGAUUUGGCGGCGACCAACAGGCGUGCCUUAGGCGUAUCGAGGAAUGGGCUACGAACGUUCGUGCUGCGGGUAUUGCUAUUGACACCAAGUCGACCGUUCCAGGAGUGAAUGUUCCGUAUAACGAAGGCGAAAACCGAAAGGUCGAUGCUGCAUUUGAGAGCUUGGUUAAGCAUAGACUCGACUUUGUCUUGGUGGUAUUGCCACGUCGUGAAACAUUCCUGUACAACACAAUCAAGUACCUCUGCGAUGUGAAGUACGGACUUCUACAUGCUUGCGUUGUUGCAGACAAAUUUGCUAGGGGGGGUCCACAAUACGAUGCGAAUGUCGCCCUGAAGGUUAAUUUGAAACUGAACGGAACAAACCAUAUCGUCGGGGGCACUCAACUUGGCCUUAUCAGCAAAGGAAAGACAAUGCUGGUGGGGAUCGAUGUUACUCAUCCGUCACCGGGAUCCGUCAAAAAUGCCCCAAGUAUCGCAGCCAUUGUAGCCUCCGUGGGCAAAGACUUGAGCCAAUUCCCAGCCCAACUUCAUGUGCAGCCCGGAAAGCAGGAGCAAGUUGAUGCCUUGGACGUUCUGCUAAAAUCUCGUCUCAAGAUUUGGCAUGAUAUUCACGAAGAGUAUCCUGAGAAUAUCAUAGUCUAUCGGGACGGCGUCUCAGAGGGUCAGUACGAUAUGGUCGUAACCAAGGAGCUACCUCAACUCAAGAAGGCUUGCAGAGAUAUGUGUGGUAAAAAGCAGCCUCGUAUCUCCAUCGUGGUAGUGGGUAAACGCCAUCACACCCGCUUCUACGUGACUCGGGAGCAAGAUGCCUCCAAGUCCAAGAACCCUCCAAACGGUACGGUGGUCGACCGCGGCGUGACGGAGGCUCGUGCGUUCGACUUCUUCUUACAAUCCCAUGCAGCAUUGCAGGGAACAGCCCGUCCAGCGCACUAUAUUGUCGUUCACGACGAGAUUUUUGCGGGGAUGCCGAUUAACGCCCCGUUUACGAACUCGGCUGAGGUUCUUAUUGACCUAUCUCACCGGCUAUGCUACACAUUUGGCCGUGCCACCAAGGCAGUCAGCAUCUGUCCCCCUGCCUAUUACGCGGACUUGGUCUGCGAGCGGGCUCGUUGCUACCUGCAGGAUGUCUUUGAUCCCAACGACACAGGCAGUGAGGCGAGCAGCGAUAAUAUGGAGCAGAAGCAGAGAAUGGUGACGAUUCAUGAGAAAGUCAAGAAUAGCAUGUUCUACAUUUAG